GCCCUAAUGCAAAUCACGUUACCGGUAUGGCCAAGGGAAAGAAAAUAUAAUUCAAAAAAAUGUUCUGAUCGGCCUACGACCGGAGGUGAUCAGACCGCGCGCACAUCGCUCGCUGGAAAACCAGACGGUCGACCAAAGCUCUCCCGCGAAUCGAGCAGAGGAAGGGAAGGAAACACCACAGGUCGAGCACUCGAAGCGCUGAAAUGAGGAUCGAAGAAGUCCAAUCCACUACAAAAAAGCAACGCAUAGCCACUCAUACCCACAUCAAGGGCCUUGGUCUUGAUGUGAAUGGACAUGCCAUCGCCAUGGCUGCCGGUUUUGUAGGGCAGGUGACAGCCAGGGAAGCGGCAGGUUUAGUGGUGGACAUGAUCCGACAGAAGAAGAUGGCAGGCCGGGCGCUACUCUUUGCUGGUCCUCCAAGCACUGGAAAGACGGCGCUGGCUCUAGGGAUUGCUCAGGAGCUCGGGACCAAGGUCCCAUUCUGCCCGAUGGUUGGGUCUGAGGUUUACUCAUCAGAGGUUAAGAAGACUGAAGUGCUUAUGGAAAAUUUCAGGAGAGCUAUUGGUUUGCGAAUUAAGGAGAACAAGGAGGUUUACGAAGGAGAGGUGACUGAGCUCUCUCCAGAAGAAACCGAGAAUACUACCGGAGGCUAUGGAAAAAGUAUUAGUCACAUCAUUAUUGGGCUAAAGACUGUCAAAGGAACCAAACAGUUGAAAUUAGAUCCUACCAUUUAUGAUGCUCUAAUAAAAGAAAAGGUUGCUGUAGGUGAUGUGAUAUACAUUGAAGCAAAUAGUGGUGCUGUGAAGAGAGUAGGCAGGUGUGAUGCUUUUGCUACGGAAUUUGAUCUUGAAGCUGAAGAAUACGUUCCGAUUCCCAAAGGGGAAGUGCACAAGAAAAAGGAAAUUGUGCAGGAUGUUACACUACAUGAUCUUGAUGCUGCUAAUGCUCGACCACAAGGAGGUCAGGACAUACUAUCUCUUAUGGGGCAGAUGAUGAAACCUAGAAAAACUGAGAUCACAGAUAAAUUACGACAGGAAAUUAACAAGGUUGUUAAUAGGUACAUUGAUGAAGGCAUUGCAGAGCUUGUGCCUGGGGUAUUAUUCAUUGAUGAGGUUCAUUUGCUUGAUAUGGAAUGCUUUUCUUACCUCAAUCGUGCUUUGGAGAGCUCAAUUUCACCAAUUGUCAUUUUCGCUACCAAUAGAGGAAUAUGCAACGUAAGAGGAACCGAUAUGACUAGUCCGCAUGGCGUACCGGUGGAUCUCCUUGAUCGACUUGUAAUUAUACGCACAGAAACUUAUGGUCCUACUGAGAUAAUUCAGAUUUUGGCUAUCCGCGCGCAGGUUGAAGAGCUGGCUAUUGAUGAAGAGAGUCUGGCUUAUCUCGGAGAGAUUGGACAACAAGCAUCAUUAAGGCAUGCUAUCCAGUUGAUGUCACCAGCUAGCAUUGUGGCCAAAACAAAUGGAAGAGAGAAAAUCUGCAAGGCUGAUAUUGAAGAAGUUGCUGCUCUUUAUCUUGAUGCCAAGUCUUCCGCUAGACUUCUUCAGGAACAGCAGGAGAGAUAUAUUUCCUGAUGUUCCAUUAACUGGUCUUGUUUACAACAAAACCCAAGUAUUGAAGGCAUUGCCAAAAUCAGUCAUUCUCUUCAGCUUUCAGUCUUCAUCUGGUUUGCACUGCUUUAGGUCUUGCUGAAAUUGACAAUCUUUUGAGAAGGAAAUGGAACAGGUUCUGCUGCCAGCGAAAUUUGGGGGUUGGGCUUUGAUGUUGGGAAUGGAAGGAAGUGGAAUACAAAUGAUGAGAUUUUGAUUUGAAGUUAUUCUUUAUGAACUUUGAAGUUGGAACGAGUAUUUAUCGUUUUGGUCAGGUUUUGUUCUAUUAGCUUAAUUAUUG